AACGAAGCCAAAAAUCAACAAAAAUAGCAACAGCAACCACUGCUGUAAGCUAUGGGCGCUGAGAAAAACCUUCUAAGCCAGUAAAAACACAAAAUUCAGUCGUGAGCUAGCUUUCAUACGGGGCACAGCAGCAGUUGGAAUUCAUUGCGCUUGCUUGCUACAUCCAUAGUACAAAAAACAUAUGUACAUAUUUGAUUUUCGGUCUUUACUAGUUUGAACCGGUUACUUUGCAACAACCAAAAGCUGCAAGCCCUCCCCGUUAACGUUAACGCCCCCGCGCUAAUUAAUAGCUUAAAAAAAAAGCCAGAGCAAAAGCCAUACCAAAUGCCGUACAUUAUCAUACGCGGCAAUCUAGCCUCCUACAGUCACAAAUAUCCAUGGCGUGUACUCGUCUCUGGAUUGAAAGCUGACGACAUCGAGCAGUUGAACAAGUUCUCUUGCGGCGGCUACAGUGAUGAGUCCACAAUAGUGUAUCUAGUACAUCCCUGUCGCAUACUAUCAGCAUUAGAGCAGAUAUUGGGUUUUCGUGUGGUGGCCAGCUCAUCGACAGCUGUAAAGCAGGAUUACAACGAGUAUAUGUGGACAAUGCGCAAGGAGUUUGAUGAGCCAGAGCCUGAGUCCGAAACCGUUUCUGUUGUGCGUGAAAAUUUAUCAAAUAUUGGCCGUGAGGCUGCCAGUUUAGGCAAUUAUCACAAAGUUGAUUCGCCCGAGUAAAAACCUACGCAAAUCAAUUCCAAUUA